AUGGCUUCGGCACUUCAGUGUUUAUCGAAUGUUCCGGAGUUGACUGGAUAUUUUCUAUCUAAUAGAUAUGUAGCUGAUAUAAAUGAAAGAAAUCCUCUCGGUACACGAGGGGAGUUAGCUCGCGCAUAUGGAGAUCUUCUUCAUAACAUGUGGUCUGGAGAGAAUUGCAGCAUUGUCCCGCGGAAAGUCAAAAUGACCAUCGGACAGUUUGCUCCGAGAUUCAGCGGUUAUGCGCAGCAAGACUCACAAGAACUUUUGGCAUAUGUCUUAGAUGGUUUGCAUGAAGAUUUGAAUAGAAUAAAAGUGAAACCGUACGUUCCCGACGAUGAAACAUUGGAGAGACUUGAGGAACAUGAGCAAGCCGAAAAAUCGUGGCAAGCUUAUAAGGCUCGAAAUGAUAGUAUCAUCGUUGACCUCGUUCACGGACAACUCAAGUCUACUCUGGUUUGUCCCGUCUGUGCUAAGGUCAGCAUAAAAUUCGAUCCGUUUUGUUUCUUGUCUGUACCCCUACCACCAAAGGAGAAAGUCAGACAAGUUGUCACGUUGAUUUUCAACACGAAACGGAGAUGGGCGAAGGUAUGUUAUUAA